GCACGUAGUAUUACGUAAAACGUCAUGAUUCUACGUGUGGUUUGAACGCGGGCUGGAUAUUUAUUUGCCUGCAUAUAUAACGUCGUGCCCGUUGAAUGAACGUACUUGUUUUAGAGACCUACUAGAUAUUUCGGGACGACAUUUGAGAUUGGACAUCCGUAUCGUGAUUGUAGAGGACAGUGUUGCUUAUAUGAACAGGUGUGUUUAGAUCGCUAAAGUGACAUUGAGUGACGUACGUUCAUUUGGGAAAUAAAAUAACGUAAUUUAAUGCACGUGUGAGGCAUCUUACUGAAUGCAAUUGCAUACCGAACAUCAGUGUAAGGAACUUAAAUCGUUGCAGAUGUGCGAUUUUUAUUUGAAGAUUACGUCUAACACAUAACGCUUAUGUUGAAGUUGUCUAACAACCAGCUGAUAACUCAUCAUCUAUGCAACUUUAUUGCGACCUGCCAUGGAAUAAAAAGUGAAUACAGCAGGACCUGUUAGCUACCGCGCAACCGAAAAGCUGUUGGAAAACUGUACGAAUAUACACAUAUCACCACAUAGAACAACGCAAAAUGUUUUGGUUCACAGAUACUGGAUACAAUUCGUGGAUAGUUAAUAAUACAUAAUUGACUAGCAUGUAACCACGUGCGUUGACGGGGAAUGCUGAUUACUACAACUGGCAUUGCAAAUUGUAUUCUGAAUAGGAGGACAGUACGGACAAGCAAAUAACGAGAGAAAAAGAGAUGUUUAACGUCCUGGGCAGAAUCUGCGAGUCCAAGGACCAGACAUACAAAAUAAAAAGUUCAAGCCAUGAGGCGCGGUCUGUGAGUGACGUGACACUGGUGGCGGUGCGCGAUGGGCCACUUAGACGAACACCGGAACCACGCAAUCUCGAACAGGCGUCCUCCGGAAACUCUCGACACGGAGAUCACUUUGGGGAAUCAAGGAUCCUCAGCGACACGGCGCUCGUGCGAGAUUACCUCGUGGCACGUCGCAGGGCUCUUUCCAGUCAGCACAGCGUCUCCGUGCACGAGGAAAGGGAGGCAUUACUCAGGUACAUCGACGUUCUGGACUUGGCUCAAACAACAUUGGAGAAGGUCUGCCAAGAGUUAGUGGACGCCAAAGACUCGCUGGCUGCCCUUGAAGAGAUAAAGGCGAGGUUCCUGGUCGAGCACGAGACUCUGAUAGCUGAGAAUUACAGAAAGACUCAAGAGUUAGCGGAAGUCAUGAAAAUAAACAGCGGCCUAAAUAAGGAAAUAGACAGAUUAAAGGGAUCUCGAAACUCCCGACAUUUCAAGUCCCUGCGGAAGUUUACCUCCACGACAGACAUGGCAAAGGCCAGGUUCGUCUUAAUAGACGAGCUGAACGUCACUUCCGGUCUGGACAAAAACAGCUGCCGAGUUACCGGAUGUGUACUGGCAUCCCACUGCACGCUAGCCCUCGCCGACUGCAACAACAGCGCAGUGAAAAUACUGGACGUGAACACGAACACAAUAGUGGAAUACCACCAGUUACCGGCGGCCCCUUGGGACAUUACAGCCCUCCCCAACGACGAACUCGCCGUCACCCUUCAGUUAAGGAAAGAGAUACAGAUUAUUUCCAAAUACAGGGCCAUGUUCUUGAAAGUCGACGGCGAUUGUCGGGGAAUUGACUUCUUGUUUAAGCACAACAGCCUCGUGGUAUCGUACGUGGACCCAGAAAAAGUAGAAAUUCUGGACCUACAAGGCGUUGUGUUGAAAUCGUUUACAUUUCGUGAAGGCAAUGUGAUGUUUCUGCGUCCGCAUUACGUGUGCAGCUCAAGUAACGAGGACUAUAUCUUCGUCUCCGACACCAUGAAACACACGAUUACAAAACUCUCCGUUACAGGCGACACAUUCGAGUCCUACAGCGACCCGGAAUUGGCGGAACCAGAAGGGCUAUGCUCCACGAGUGACGGCGGGCUGCUGGUGUGCUCUUAUAGCCAGAAUUACAUCCACCUCGUUUCCAAGAAUUUGGAGCGCAUCAGCGCCCUCCUGUCGUCUGCGGAAGGAAUCGAGGAGCCGCAGGCGAUAUACUACGACUGGAAAACCAACAAACUGUACGUGGCGCUGUACAAGAACAAUAUAAAGGUGUUCACUGCGCAGCCGUCAAGUAAGUAGCGUUAAUGAGGCGGUCGAGUGGUAUUGACUGACAUUUGACCAUAAAUUUUAAAAGACGGUUUUAGUUACAAACGUAUAUUGAUUCACCUGUGUGAUCGGCCUGGACAAAUAACAGUGCUGAUCAUGUAAGACUUACGAUAAGGAUAGAAAAAAAGGAGCUUCUCAGAUAACUAUGGACCAUAACGGAACUACUCAGAUAACUAUGGACUAAAAGGGAGCUACUCAGAUAACUAUUGACUAAACGGGAGCUACUCAGAUAAUUAUGGACUAAACUGGAGCUACUCAGAUAACUAUGGACUAAAUCGGAGCUACUCGGAUAACUAAGGACUAAAACGGAGCUACUAAGAUAACUAUGUACUAAAAGAGAGCUAGUCAGAUAGCUAUCGACUAAAGAGAGCUACUCAGAUAUCUAUGGAUAAGUAUUGGCUGAAAGGGAGCUAUUUAGAUAACAGUGGACCAAAACGGAGCUACUGAUAUAACUAUGAACUAAAACGGAACUACCCAGAUAACUAUGGACUGAAACGGAGCUUUUCAGAUUACUAUGGGCUAAAAGGGAGGUACUCAGAUAAAUAUGGACAAAAACAAAGCUGCCCAGAUAAUAAUGGACGAAAACGGAGCUACACAGAUAACAAUGGACCAAAGUGGAGCUACUCAGAUAACAUUGAACUAAAACGGAGCUCCUUAUAUAACUAUGAACCAAAACGAAGCUACUAAUAUAACUAUGAACUAAAACGGAGCUACUCAGAUAACUAUGGACUUAAACUGAGCUACUCAGAUAACUUUGAACUUAAACGGAGCUACUACUAAUGGUACACAACCACAGACACUAAACAUUUACACUAGCAUUAGUAAUAAUGCUCAGUUGUCACUUGCCACGAUGAAAAUGUUGUUUAUACAACAAUCGUUGGUGUUUUACUAACAUUUAUUAAUGGUAGAUUUAAACACUUACUUUAGAAAAUGUGCAAUAUAUUUAUUUUCGUUUGAUAUUAAAUUGUACUAGAUAGUUUUCAAAACUUGUAAUGCUAGUUGUCUGUCACGUUUUUUGUUUGUGUAUUGAAAAACAUUAAAUAAUAAUGAGGUCGCCGUGGUGUAAUGGAUAUGGUGUCCGCCUAGCGACCGGGAGGUCACGGGUUCGAUCCCCACCGUGGGAGCGUUCUUUAGAUCUCCCCAAAGACACCAAGUACUGGUUCUAAGCCCAGGAAACGGACUCGACAGCGUUUAUAUAAGCCUAAUGCUUUCGAUGCAAUCGAGCUUAAAUAAAUAGGUUUAAACUAAACUAAAUAAUAAUGUUAUUUACUAGUGUCUGGACAUUGAUUGUAUAUACAUGUAUUUUACGAAAAAAUGUUUUUAAGAAUUACUCAUGACCUUUUAGUAUUUUUAUGAAAAUAAAUGUUCCAAAAACGUU